AUGGAGAAAACUACGGACAAGUUUCGAUGGGCAGAGGUGGAGGACGACGACGAUUAUCCUCUUCCGGCGGACCAGGUGAUCGGUCCUGACGAGAACGGCAUUAAGCAGCUGAUCCAUCACUGGCGCAACGACGAGGGCCAAACUGUCAAAACAACCACCACUACACGUGUCCGCACGGUGAGGGUGAGUACUCCUAGAGAAAAACGGGCCGUGGAGCGACGUGCAUGGGCCAAGUUUGGCGACGCCGUCGUCCAUGAUGAUAGCGGUUUCACUACGGUUUCAAGGGAGGACAUCUUUUUGGAACGACCUAAGGCUCUUCCCGGUAACAAACCUGAAGAAACAAAGGCAAAUCCAGAAUCGGGUGCGUUCCUGAUGGUCUGCAGGACUUGCGGCAAGAGAGGUGAGCACUGGACAGCGAGAUGCCCGAUGAAGAAUCAUUCCUCGUCGACGACAGAUGAAGCGGAAGCAUCUUCUUCGCGGAACGGCACUGACAAGGCUGGUUCUUAUGUCCCACCAAACAUGAGGCCAGGAAGCAAUGCUCUUUCAGACACGAGGAGGAGGAACGACGACUACGCUCUACGUGUGACUAACUUGUCUGACGACGCUCGUGAACCGGAUCUGAAGGAUUUGUUCGGUGCGUUUGGCGAAGUGACUCGAGCCUACGUUGCCUUGGACAAGAACACCGGACUGAGCAGAGGCUUUGGUUUUGUCAACUUCGUUAACAGAGAAGACGCGCAACGCGCAAUCAACAAACUGAAUCGUUACGGUUAUGACAAUCUCAUCCUUAGUGUCGAAUGGGCUGCUCCUAGACCCAACUAA